AUGAAGACGCGCGAUGAUGAACGCGCGCUCGGGGGAACCAAUCAGAAUCUGACAAAGGCGCGCGCGGAUGAUUUUUACGCACGGCAGGAUGGCGCGUCGACGACGUACGCGUUCGAUCGCGUGUUUGAUGAAACGAGCGAUAAUAGAGCGGUGUACGAGGCGACGACGUCGAAGAUAGUGCAGAACGUAAUCGGGGGAUUUAACGGAACGGUGUUCGCGUACGGGCAGACGUCCAGCGGGAAGACGCACACGAUGCACGGGACGAAGGAGGAGUUAGGGGUGAUACCGCUCGCAGUGCGCGAUGUGUUUGAUGCGGUACGAAGACACGGGAGCGAUCGAGAGUUUUUGAUUCGAGUGAGUUAUUUGGAGAUUUACAACGAGAAGAUGAUGGACUUGUUCGACGGCGCCGGAGAAGAUGAAGAGACGUCAAAGUUGUCAAUUCGUGAGGAUAAAGAGCGAGGGACGUACGUGAUGGGUCUGCGAGAAGAGGUCGUGACGACACCAUCGCAAGUGCUAGCGCUUCUAGAGCUCGGGACGACGCGCAGGCACGUCGGGGCGACGAAUAUGAACGCGCACUCGUCUCGUUCGCACACGAUUUUCCGAAUGAUCGUCGAGUCAAGGGCGAUCAGUGGGGGGAUGCAGGGCGGUGCCGACGACGGCGCUGCGGUUUUAGUGUCCACUUUAAACUUGGUCGAUCUCGCCGGGUCCGAGCGCAUGUCAAAAACGGGUGCCGAAGGGCAGCGUGCCAAGGAGGGCGCGCACAUCAACAAGAGUUUGAUGACGCUCGGAGUCGUCAUCAACAAACUUUCCGAAGGCGUCGAGUCCAAGGGAGGUCAUAUUCCCUAUCGUGAUUCAAAGUUGACUCGUAUUUUACAGCCUGCGCUUGGUGGGAACUCCAAGACCGCCAUCGUGUGCGCGAUGACCCCGGCGGCGUCGCACUGCGAAGAGACGCACUCGACGCUGAAAUUCGCCCAGCGCGCCAAACGCGUCGUCAACAAGGCGACUAAGAACGAGGUCGCCGCGAAUGGUGCCACGAAUGCGAUGCUGAAACGUCAACAGAAGGAAAUAGCCGCGCUUAAAGCGCGUUUGGAAGAGGAAGGGUGCGCCAAAGUGGACGACAAAGCCAUCGAGGCUUUGCGAAGGCGUCUAGCCGAAGCCGACCGUGAGAAGAAUCUCAUGGCGCUCGCCCUGGAGGACGGGGAAGAGAAGGCCAAGGAGCGCGAGGCGAAGAUUUCCGAGCUCGAGGCAAAAGUAAAGGAGCUCAACGACGCGUUGAACGAAGCAAAGGCGCGAGACGAAGAAGAAGACCCACAC